AUGGACUCUUCACCAAAUCUCACUCAUCAUCAUGCCAAAGAUCCUCCAAAACAAUGUCAAUCCUUCUUCUUCGCCGGAAAGUAUCCGUCUUCGCGCCGAACCGCUUCAUUCUCCUCUUGUUCAUCCUCCCUCUCACCUUCCUCUUCUUCCAUUGAAUCAUUCUAUUUUCCUGAUGAUCCUCAUUUCAGUCCUGCCUCCCCACUUAAAUUCUCAGGUGUUCCAUUUUCUUGGGAACAUUUACCUGGAAUUCCCAAGAAACAUAACAACUCCAAGAAAAAACAACAAUCUUCCAUGAAACUCUUGCCAUUACCUCCUCCUACUAUAACUACUACCUCCACAAACUCUUCUAAAAAAGUGAUCAACCAUGAAGAUACAAAGAUUUGGAAGAAGAAUUCGAUUCCAAGUAGCUUUCAAAGGGACGAUCCUUUCUUUGCUGCAAUGGUUAAAUGCUCAAAGGAUGGUGGUGAUGAUCAUCAAGAAACAAUUGGAAAUUUGUGGAAUAAUGGAGCUAAGGUUACAAGAAGUAUAAGUGAUCGUUUUGGAUUUAUUAGUCUUUAUGGCUCUUGCAAGAGAACUUGUGCAGUUUCUGAAUCUUUAGUUCUACUUCCAAGCUCAAGAAGAAACACUUAUCAUCAAGUUAAUGGCAGGUCCCUCUGA